CGAAAACCGUCAUGGCCAUUUCAAAUAUUCUCUGUGUUUUUCAAAAUUGUGUUUUUCGAGUUACUUGGCUAAUAUCUAGCCAGAUUAGCUUGAUAUCGCUGUAAUUAGAGAAUGAACAAGGAAAAUGAAAACGUCUUCAAGGCUCCACUAGAAGUUGAGAAUCGUCAGACCGUCAAACCAAUAUUGAAAAAUUCCACAAGAAGUAACUUGAUUGCCUUUUCACCUGAGCAGAAACAUUUGAAGGUCACCUUCCAGACACCAUCAAAGACGAAAAAAGUCUCCCCCGGUCGCUACGACUUGAUCCGUGUGUUAGACGAGGACGAGAACUGGAUAGAACGGACAUCUGUCUUGACACGCCAGGAUCACACCGAUUAUUUUGUUUAUGCCAAACAGAUCUUGGAUGAUCUAGUCUGGAGUCUGCCAGUCACAGGCAAUUUUGAAGUCCUCACCAAUCCCUUGGAUAACUCUGUCUUCGUACCGCCAGGUGAAAAUCUCUUAUCAGAGGAAGAACUACCAGUUUCUGUCCACCCUAGUACACCUUUUGAAGACGCUAAGACUGAGUUCAAACUUGAUGAACAGUACCUCGAGAAGUCAUCCCCUGUUGUGCCAAUUUCGGAGGAGACACUCCCCUUGUGUGAUAGCCCUAUCACACCUUUAGAAGCAUCUGAGCUGCAAAACCAACAUACUGUAGGGCCUUCUCCUGUAGUUGCACUCUCGGAGGAGAAGCUGCUGUUGUGUGAUAGCCCUAUCACACCUUUAGAAGCAUCUGAGCUCCAAACCCAACAUACUGCAGGGCCGUCUCCUGUAGUUGCACUCUCGGAGGAGAAGCUGCUGUCGUGUGAUAAACCUGUCAUACCCUCCAAAGCAUCUCCUAACACUAAUCUUUUGGGAGCGAAAUCGGAAUCUGUGACAAUGGAUGGAGAUGAGAAUCAAAUCCCCAUCACAAAGGGGGCGUACAAUUUGGACUUUUUGGACUCUAUGGACCUUGAAAAUGUUGACCCUUUUGCCACCAAAACCAAAAUAAAAAUGGGUUUUUCACCUCCGAAAACCAUAGCAGAACCCAUGGAGAUAGAGGAACCUAUGGACACAGAGGAGAACCCAUUCCAGUCAAGUUCAAAAAUGAGGAACUCUCCACCUCCUGUGGCUCAGGAAGAAGAAAACCCAUUUCAGACGAAAACCAAAAUGUGCAACUCGCCUCCACCUUUGGUGUCGAAAGAUGAGGAGAAUCCGUUCCAAACUAAGUCCAAAGUGCCGAACUCUCCUCCAUCUUCAAAAGCCAACUUGGACAUCGAUGAUGCCAAUCCAAAGAAGUUCACACUCACACCAACAGGUUCUGAUGAUGAGGUCGAUGUGACUGACCCUUUGAUGGACUUGAGGCGGGUAUCAUCAGUGUCUCCAGCGCACUCGACGACUGAUAUAAACGACAAUGACAGUGAUAAGACGCCGUUCCAGACUGCUACAGAUGACAGUUCAGACAUCGCCCCAGAGCCUUCCAAACCAAGUUCAAAGAAAAAGACAGGUUCAGCCAAAAAGGUAGCUCCAAGGAAAUCCAAAUUUGCAAGGCCAGCAUUUACAAAAAAUAAUGACAAUGAUGGUGCUGAUAUUGUAAUUUUUGAACCAAAGAAGAAUCCCCAACCCCAGGAUGCCAGCGAAGAGGUACAAAUCUUUGAGCCAAAGUCGAGAGUUUCUACUGAGCGAGAGUCUGGUAAUGACAGUGAGAAUCCGUCGGCGCCCACUAGCCAUACGUCCAGUCGUUCCGGCUCAAACCAGCGAGAAAUCCCGUCAAGCGAGGAUGAGUUCGGCAGCUCGGCCCAACCGAGUCUCCCUGGACUUGACAGUGGCCUUGACCCCUUGGUGCUAGCAGAUCAGAAGGAGGGUGAGACCGAGGGUCCUACGGAUGGGAGAGAUGAUUUCGGCUUUGAUGAUGAUGGGUUCAGACCAGCUACCGAAGUGUUCAAUGAUUCGCGAGCAUGGGAUAUGCUAGAGAAGUUUGGCAGUAAUCAAGAUGAGGACAAAGAUUCAUUACUAUCGAGACAAUCACUCUACGUGAAGUUUGAUCCGCUGGUCAAGUCACGGGGAGCUGGUGUCGAGAGCGUUAAACCAGCCCAGAAACCUGCCGUAAAUCCUGCAGUGACAAAUGUAGCCUCAAGUGAAGUGAAUGAUGACCUUCUCCUCAUGAACACGCCUCCGCCCAGCAAAGCGAUUUCCCGCCUCAGCAAACAUCCGGCGUCGAGGGUCCUCGAGCAGUCACAGGCCAAGGAUAAGGAGUAUCGCGAUGUUGACAAACUGUUCACCUGCAGUCCGGAACAGUCCCGCGAGUUGGAAUUUGUACCUGAAAUGUGGGUCGAGCAUCUGAACAGCUUCUCGGAGCUGGAAGACUCGGCAGUGCUAUCCCAGGAUUCCCUGGAAUGCCUCUCGUGUGCGUGGGUGCAGGAAAAUGGCCGACCUGAUAGUCCGCUAGCGUUCGAUCAUGAGGAGAUCCUAUGUAUUGAUGACCAGGAUCCGACUGAUAGUGGAUGUGCAGAGGGUGCGUCCCCCACCCGACAAGAGCCGAUAGGAUCAGCUUCUAAUGAUGGGUUAGUUGAGGUGCUGAAGUAUUCCGAGUACGAAUGGAUCGAGCUGAAGAAGCAGUUGGACAUGGACUUCCAGGCUCGGCUCCUGGCCAAGGAGCGCGACUUCGACAGGGAGAAAAAGAAGCUCAACAGUGAAGUCAAGGAGCUCAAGGCCGCCAACGAAAAGCUCAAGACGUCGUUCACCGAUAUGCAGAAGAUUGUGACAGAAUAUGAGAAGACCAUCUCUCAGGUGAUCUCUGACAAGGAACACGUCGAAAAAAACAGCCAGACGUCGAUGACCGAUCUAGUGCGAGAACGUAACCAGGCGGUGGAGGACCUCCAGUCGAUGGAAUCAGCAUUCGCUGAUCUGCUACGCCGGAAUAAUAAGUUAAAGGAGGCAGUCGAGUCAUUUAAGAAGAACGAAGAGACAUUGAAGAAGUGUGUGACAGAUUAUCAGGCGAAAGUGAAGAAGCAUGAGCAGCGUUAUGCCACCCUGAAGCAGCAUGCUGAAGAUAAGUUACAAAGUGCUAACGAGGAAAUGGAGAAGAUAACGAAGACAAAGAACAGUGAGAUAGCACGACUGCAGGCAGCGGCCAAGAGGAGUGAACUGGCUGUGACAAGUCUGGAGACGUCGCUGGAACAGAAGAUCAAAGAAAAUAAGGAAUUAACAGCAAUCUGUGAUGAUCUAAUCAAGCAAGUCGGUGGGGACUCGUGAUCAGACACUCGUGAUAUGACUGUGAACAAAAAAUGUUGGUUGUCUGGCCCGCAUUCAUUUUACUUGGUUCAUAGAUCCUUCAGCUUCAGAAAGAUAGUACAGUGAUUGGUUGGAGUACAUGUAUGGUUAUGUUCAUUCGAGGUCCCUGCUUGUAUUGUCAGUGCUGCUAUCUGAUGGUUAAACAUCGAACUGAAACGUUCUCCAAAUGGCUUGCAAGAUCUAUGAACCACCAAGGUGAAUGCCGUGCCAUCUGAUAAUCUGAGCAGGAUUCUUCUGAAAUAAUGAGGGUCAGAUUCAAUCUUAUCUGUUGCAUGGACCUCAUUGAUCAUUUUGAUUGGGACGGACUUUAUAAAUGGAUCAAGAUGCAGCCUGUGGAAGAGUAGUGAGAUGGUUGAUCAGUAAUGUUGAACUUGACUGUCUGUGAGCUUUAGAAGACAAAAGUAUUCAGUUGGAUUUUUGAAUUUCCAACUUUGGGUGGACAGUGAUUACUUAGGAGCGAUUUUGCUUUAGUGAUGCACCACAGCUGAUUGAGCCUGAAUCUUCUCUGGGAUUUUUCAUGAUUUUAUUUUGCUGCCGGCCUCAUUAUUGUGAUUCAUGUCAAGAAAUGCUUCUGUGUGUGUGAUUCACAAAGGUUUUUUUAGACUUGUUUACUUUAAAAAAAGUCCAGUGGCAGGACCUGCAUUGAGAUGGUUCAUUUGUAGGGGUAGAUCUUCAGUCUGAAACGUUCGUAUAUUUUGAGCCAUGUGGGAAUGAUGCCUGCUAAGACCAGAAUGUGAAAGAUAAAAGCUCGCCUGUGAAGGUUUUUACACUCUUGCUUGACAAACUAGAGGGGAUCUCCUGAUCCUGCCAGGAUGUGCUGAUAGCAGACGUGUCACUCAACUAAGAGCAUCAAAGGUAGACGAGUGGGCUUGAUGUAACAGCAGUCUGUUGGUUGUAAUGAUGGGCGAGCAACUGCCUGAGACUCACGGGUAUACAAAGACAAUGGAUUUCUUUCAAGAAUUUAUUACUUGCUGGUAUUUUAUGCACUGAUUAAAUGUUAGCGGCUUGAAGCUGAUCCAGUCAGGUUUGUUGAAAAUGAUGACCAUUUGUAAUUAGCUGAUGCAUGUUUUCAAGGGUCAGAAGUCGAGCUGAGCAAAAUGUUGUUGGUUGAAAAGUUACUCCAGAAACUUUUCCCGAGGCAAUGACAAGUUCCCGUGUUUGAUCACAAAACACCCCUCACAUAGUUGAGGGGCAAGCCAAAGAACUAACUUUCCAGCCAAUUUUAAUGCGGAGAUUCAUUUUCCUCCUGUGACCCUUGAAUAUUUAAUGAUAUGGUGUCUUCAAACCUGAGUGGGUUAGUCUGGUUCUGCGUUGUUGUGUACAUACAUUAUGUUGUGUAAACAACCUGUAAAUACUGCGAUUAGCGAAGUGCUAUUUUUCAUAGAAGACUAGUUGGUGAUGUACAGCAAUGUAUGUCGUCUCAAAUUAUUGAUAAAUAUUUUCUCUGUGUCACCUUUCAGGAUGAAAUAGGUGUAUUUAUUUCAAAUCAUAAUUUGUACGUUUUGCCCAAAGUAACAGUGCACAAAGCUUGAACUACAACUUGAACUUUGUCAUUGGAAAAACAUGAUGCAGUGCAAUGUAGGAGAAGGCAGAUCACACAAACGUUGUGCUUUUCUCCAUCUCUACGAUGAGGGAUUGGUCGAGGACAUGUUGGCAUGGCUUGUCGGGCUUGCCAGUGUGCACAUGUACAACUCUUGCAGCUCAGUGUGGUUGCUGUGGUGUUCUGUGGGUUUUUUCCUGCAGACUUACUUUGGACAGGCUUAAGUUUUAAACUAGUAAUGCAUUUAGUUUAGUUUUUUUAAAUCAAUUGCCUAUACUCUCUUGGAAAUAAUGGUACUGCCUGUAUCAUUGUUCAGAUAUAGACCCCAACUAUUAAGCUUGGCCCUACUCAUAUUUCAAGGGACUGGCCUUUUCAUCUGCAGAUCAAUGAACCACUUAUGAUGUUUAGAAUAGAACAGAACUUUCUUUAGUAACUUGUGGCUCACAAUUUCAAUUUGGCGUGAGCUACUGUCGGUACUUGGUGUAAUUGCUGGCAUAUAUCGAGGGUCAUCACCAGUAAUUCGUAUUUAAUUUGCUCAAUAUCUUCUAUUUCAAAUGCUGUUCUUUUUGUAUUCCAGGUUUUUGUAAAUAUUUUCUUGUAGUGCUUUGGAUUUGAAAACAGGUUUGGCAUUAUUGGCAAAUGAUUGGUUAAGAGCAGCAUUGGCCAGCAUUGGUAAGAAGAGCUUUCUAUUGUCAAAAGUGUUGCCAUACUGAAUAUUCCCUGCUAAUUCAAAUCAUGAAGGGAUGAACACUUCAGAGUGCCCGGCCCAUGAGCACCUUAACUAUAAAAAAUGUUUACUUUUCUUGCUUUUGAUCCGUUGAAAAAUUUUGUUAGUUCAAAGAAAUGUGUUCACCAAUUGUCUCUGCUGUUCCCGGCUUCCUCUGCCUGUGGCCCUGUUUUUGGCUUACACUUGCUUCAUAUUAACAUGUACAUAUUGAUGAUACAAAUGUCAAUAAAUAAUGCAUGAAAAGAUUUA